AAACAAGAUUCUCGAAAGUCAUGAAGAGUUCCUGGAUAUUUUGGUGCACAAUUACAAGCUGUUUUUCAACAUAAUGGACGAAGAAGAGGAAGAAGAAGAGGAAGAGGAACUUGAGGAAGUAGAUGAAUCGACGUUAGAUGACGACGAGAAGGCGGCGCGCGCUGCUAAACUGCGUGAUAUAAUGGAGCGCCGUGAGGCAAGAAUGCUGGCGAAAGAAGAGCGGGAACGGGAGCGCGAGGAAGCUGCCCAGAUCAAGUUUGAGCGAAGAGAAGCCAGACGCUUGAAGCGAGAGGCAAAGGAAGCUGAGAGGCAAGAGAGACAGGCGCGUAGGGACGCUGGUGAGGAUGUAGAUUCUCCAGUAGAGGAAGAAGAAGAACUAGACCCCGAAGAGUUGGCAGAUAUUGAAGAAGAAAAACGUGAGAUGGAGGAAGAAGCAUUCCGGGCUGCACGUUGGCCAGCAUACGUCAGAUAUGUUGAUUCUUUGGUGUCAAAACAAAUUAUGAAGGCAAUACAAUCCAGUUUAGAUUUGUUUGAGAAGCAGACAGAUUUGGAGAAGGGCCCGAGAGUCGCGUUUAUGGAAGUGGUUGCUGAAUUAAAAGAUCCAGACAUAUAUUUCUCACCAUCUCUGGAUAUGGACGAUGAUGAUGGCCUCUACGACACAUUGAGAGAGAUGAUGAAGGAUAUGUUCCUACAAGCAACACUCUUCCCAAGAAUAGAUCCGAUCGUGCCUAUUGCUUCUUAUGAAGACGACAUCGAAAAAGAGGAAGCGAUGAUUGAUCUAUACCAUGAGAUACUAAAGCGGGUCGAAAAUAGUAUCAACGACGUCGUUUCAUAUGCUUCUAAAUACGAAAAAUAUACUCCUCUAUGGAUCGAAGACAGGCAAGAGGUUUUACAAGGAUUCUUGAAAUAUGGACGUGUGAUACCACCCGAGGAGUUUGAUAAGUACAAGUAUGAAAAUGGUUGCGACCCACCUGAAAUGAAACCGAAGCUCGAGCAGUAUCAGCAAGAGAUUGACAAAUACAACGCAAUGUACGACGAGGUUGCUGCAUUGCCAUCCGAGUAUCUGUGUAACGGAUGGCUGCGGCUCGACCUGAAGCGACUCAAUCAAGCUAUUAUGAACAUCAUCUGUAAAUGGAGCAAUCUUUACAAGCAAAAUUUGAAAGACCAUGUACAGACCAGUUUGGAUGAUCUAGAAAAGUUCAUCAUCUACGCAACCAAAGAGUUGUCGGUGGAGCUUGACGACGAUGACUACGAAGGUCUUCUGCAAGUGAUGCGGGUGCUCAAUGAGGUGAAGGCAAAGCAGGAUGCAGGCACCGACACCAUGUUUGAGCCGCUGAGGGACAUCAUCGAUGUCCUCAAAGAAUAUGGAGUGGACUUCCCAGAAGAGACUUAUGAACAGUUGGACGUCCUCCCCGAGCGGUGGAGAAACGUGGUGAAGCUGGCGACGGUGAUGAAGAACACCGUGGCCCCGCUGCAGGCGGCGCAGGCGGCGCUCAUCGCCAAGCGCGUGGCGCUCAUCAACCUGCGCCUCACAAUGUACCGGGAGCAGUUCAAGCUCAAGGAGAUGUUCCUGGAGUCUUGCAGAGAACCAUACAGACAAAUCGACAAAGUGCACAUAGAGCUCCUGGGUUUUGAAGACAUUGUUGAUGGGCUGAAGAAAUCCUGCUCGUUGUUCGACAUUCAACCGCCUGAUGAAAAGAAUCUGAAAACAUGUCGCAGGGAACUGAGGCUUAUCAAGCAACUUUGGGAUUACUAUUACCUGGUGAUGGGAACUAUAGAGUUCUGGAAGAAGUCACCGUGGAAGAAGAUAGAUGCAGAUGGUAUGGACCAGGAGUGCAAGAGGUUCACUAAAGACAUGCGACAGCUUGAUAAGGAUAUGAGAGUCUGGGAGCCGUAUAUUGCAAUAGAAGGAACUAUAAAGAAUUUGAUGACUUCUCUGCGAGCUGUGACAGACCUUCAGAAUCCCGCUAUCAAGGACAGGCACUGGGUUGAACUGAUGAUGGCCACCAAAGUAAAAUUCAACAUCACCGAUGAUACAACUUUGGCAGACUUGUUAGCUUUGAGCCUUCACAAGUACGAGGAAGAAGUAAAAACUAUUGUUGAUAAGUCUGUCAAAGAAGCUGCUAUGGAUAAGACGCUCAAGGAGUUAGAAUUAACUUGGGCUGUUAUGGAGUUCGAUUACACAAGUCACGAUAGAACUGGUAUUAAACUGCCUAAAGCUAGCGAAGAAUUGGUUGAAACUCUUGAAGAUAACCAGAACCAAGUCCAGAACAUGAUGUCAUCCAAAUUCAUUGGGUUCUACGAGGCAGAGGUAACAGCGUGGCAGAAGAAACUGGGCACAGCCGACGCUGUGAUUGCCAUCUGGUUUGAAGUGCAAAGAAAAUGGCAGUACCUCGAGAGUAUUUUUGUGGGCUCUGACGAUAUCAGAGCUCAAUUGCCUGAAGAUUCCAGGAGAUUCGAUCAUAUUGACAAGACAUUUAAGGAAUUGCUUAGAGAUAUUGGUAAUACACCCAAUGUAGUCCAAGCUACUAAUAAACCAGGUUUGCUAGACAAACUGGAGGAGCUGAUGGCUGCCCUUAACCUUUGCGAGAAAGCGCUCAAUGAUUAUUUGGAGACGAAGAGGCUGGCGUACCCUCGUUUCUACUUCGUGUCUUCAGCGGAUCUGCUGGAUAUUUUGUCCAACGGUAACAAUCCACCGGCCGUUUCAAAGCAUCUCACAAAGUUGUACGACAACUUGGCUAAGUUGGUGUUUCCCAAGACUGGCAGUAAGCAUGCUUUCGAGAUGAUUUCCAAGGAGAAUGAAGAACAUGUGCCAUUUAAGGCACCUUGCUGUGAUUGCUCUGGGAAGGUGGAAGUAUGGCUCAACCGUGUCACGGACUGCAUGCGAUAUACUUUACGUGAUAUUUUUGAGCAUAGCGUAAAAUCUUACGAAGACAAACCUCGAGACGAAUGGGUGUUCGACUGGCCAGCACAGCCUGCUUUGGUGGGCACCCAGAUUUGGUGGACUACAGAGACAAAUCAGGCCUUUGAAAAGCUUGAAGAAGGUUACGAGGGAGCAUUAAAAGACUAUCAGAAGAAACAAAUCGCUCAGCUAAAUGCACUAAUUGUGCUUUUACUCGGAGAUUUAACAGUCGGUGACCGACAGAAGAUUAUGACUAUUUGCACCAUUGAUGUCCACUCGCGAGACGUGGUAGCCAAACUGAUUGUUUCAAAAGUGGAAAGCUCAAAUGCCUUCCAGUGGCAGAGUCAAUUGAGACAUCGUUGGGAUAACAACCUGAAUAAUUGUUUCGCCAAUAUCUGCGACGCUCAGUUUCUUUACGAUUACGAGUAUCUGGGUAACACUCCUCGACUUGUCAUUACGCCACUGACCGAUCGCUGCUACAUUACGUUGACUCAGAGUCUCCAUUUGAUUAUGGGUGGUGCUCCGGCCGGGCCAGCUGGUACCGGUAAAACGGAGACUACGAAGGACUUGGGGCGAGCUCUGGGCAUCAUGGUAUACGUGUUCAAUUGUUCUGAGCAAAUGGACUACAAGUCUUGCGGCAACAUUUACAAAGGUCUUGCCCAAACCGGCGCAUGGGGUUGCUUCGAUGAGUUCAACAGAAUCUCGGUGGAAGUGCUGUCCGUAGUGUCUGUGCAGGUCAAGAGUGUACAAGACGCCAUCAAGGCCAAGAAAAAGAAGUUCGACUUCAUGGGAGAGUUCAUUACGCUUAUACCAACAGUCGGCAUGUUCAUCACCAUGAACCCCGGUUAUGCCGGAAGGACGGAGUUACCGGAGAACUUAAAGGCACUUUUCAGGCCGUGUGCCAUGGUGGUACCGGACUUCGAGUUGAUUUGCGAAAUCAUGUUGGUGGCGGAAGGCUUUCAAGAGGCACGUCUGCUGGCGCGCAAGUUUAUUACUUUGUACACCUUGUGUAAGGAGUUGCUAUCAAAACAGGACCACUACGAUUGGGGCUUGAGAGCUAUCAAGUCUGUACUGGUAGUAGCCGGAUCACUCAAGAGAGGUGACCGCCUUAGACCAGAAGACCAGGUGCUAAUGAGAGCUUUGAGAGAUUUCAAUAUUCCCAAAAUCGUAACUGACGAUACACCUGUAUUCAUGGGACUGAUCGGAGAUUUGUUCCCUGCGCUAGACGUGCCACGAAAACGAGACUUCGAUUUCGAAAAGAGUUUGGUAGACGCCGCUAUUUCCAUGAAACUGCAACCAGAACCAGGGUUUAUUUUAAAGAUGGUCCAACUAGUCGAGUUGUUUGCCGUAAGACACUCGGUAUUCAUUGAUGGCUUUGCUGGUACCGGCAAGUCCAUGGUGUGGCAGUGCCUUAACAAAACCUAUUACAUGCUCAAAAUGAAACCUUUCUACAACGAUCUGGACCCCAAAGCUGUCACUAAUGACGAGUUGUUUGGUAUCAUCAAUCCAGCCACGAGAGAGUGGAAGGAUGGCUUAUUUUCGACCAUCAUGAGAGACAUGGCCAAUAUGCCAGGUGAUGGUCCUAAAUGGAUUGUGUUAGAUGGAGAUAUUGAUCCUAUGUGGAUUGAAAGUUUGAAUACCUUGAUGGAUGAUAAUAAGGUGUUAACGUUGGCUAGUAACGAGCGAAUCGCCUUGAAUAAAACGAUGCGAUUGUUGUUUGAGAUCUCCAACUUGCGCACAGCCACCCCUGCUACUGUCUCACGUGCUGGUAUCUUGUACAUUAAUCCACAGGAUUUGGGGUGGAAUCCAUUUGUGGCAUCCUGGAUCGAUACAACAAGAGACGAUGAGAGUGAGAAAGCAAUGCUGACGGUAAUGUUCGAUAAGUACAUUCCGUCACUUCUGGAGUCUUGCAAGAAGUACAAGCGUGUGACGCCGCUCACUGAACUGCAACAGAUCCAGCUUACGUGUUAUUUGCUAGAGUGUUUCUUGAACAAGUCACUGCUGCCUAGUGACUGUCCAAAAGAAUGGUAUGAAACAUACUUCGUUUUUUGCAUCGUGUGGGGUUUCGGUUCCGCACUCUUCCAAGAUCAGCUCGUGGACUGGCGUAACGAAUUCAGCAAAUGGUUCUGCAAUGAGUUCAAACAAAUCAAGUUCCCUUCCACCGGCAAUGUGUUCAGUUUCUUCAUCGACUCGGAGACAAAGAAGUGGCUCCCAUGGUCUGAGAAAAUUGAGAACUUUGAACUUGAUCCUGAUCUGCCUUUACAGUCAUGUCUAGUAUCGACGUCGGAGACGACCCGUAUCAGAUUCUUCAUGGAUCUGCUGAUCGCGAAGCAGAAGCCUGUGAUGUUGGUAGGCAGUGCCGGCAGCGGGAAAACUGUGAGCGUUGCGGCCAAACUGAACUCCUUGCCAGAUUCCUUCGCCAUUGCCAACGCUCCACUUAAUUUCUAUACUACUUCUGAAAUGAUUCAAAAAGUAUUAGAGAAGCCAUUGGAGAAGAAAUCAGGUCGCAACUUCGGGCCUCCUGGCAGUAAGUUUAUGAUCUACUUCGUGGAUGAUCUGAACAUGCCUGAAGUCGACACUUACGGCACUGUGCAGCCACAUACACUUAUCAGGCAAUUCAUGGACUACAAGCAUUGGUAUGAUCGACAAAAGCUGUCGCUGAAGGACAUAUCGAACUGCAUGUUCGUGUCAUGCAUGAACCCGACAGCGGGAUCGUUCACAAUCGACCCACGUCUGCAAAGACAUUUCUGUACAUUUGCUGUGAGCUUCCCCGGCGUAGACGCGUGCUUCCACAUCUACAAGCAGAUUCUGUCGCAGCACGUGGCCAAUCCACUGAACAAGUUCGGCAUCCCGGUGAUUCGCUACGCCGAGCCGCUGGUCAAUGCGGCGCUCGCGCUGCACAACAAGCUAUCCAGCAUGUUCCUGCCCACUGCGAUCAAGUUCCACUACAUUUUCAACCUUAGGGACCUGUCUAAUAUAUUCCAGGGCAUGUUAUUCACAACCGGAGAUGCGAUUAAGACACAAUCUGAGUUGAUCAGGCUAUGGAUGCACGAAGCUACCAGAGUGUAUUCUGACAAACUUGUGGAUUCUGCUGAUAACGAGAGCUUCCAAAAACUUAUCUCGGACGUUAUCAAAAAGAAUUGCGAGGACUUCGAUGAGAAUGUAGUAUUUGAAAAACCUCUGAUAUAUUGUCAUUUCGCGGAAGGAGUGGGCGAUCCCAAGUACUUCCCAAUCAGGGAUUGGCCUCAAAUCAAGAAGUUGCUAGAUGAGUCGUUGUCUGGCUAUAACGACCUAGUCGCCACCAUGAAUUUAGUGCUAUUCGAGGACGCCAUGUAUCAUAUCUGCAGAAUCAAUCGCAUCCUAGAAGCGCCGCGUGGCAACGCGUUACUGGUGGGCGUAGGCGGGUCGGGCAAGCAGUCGUUGUCGCGGCUGUCGGCCUUCAUCUCUUCGCUCGAGGUGUUCCAGGUUCAGCUGCGCAAAGGCUACAGCAUCAACGACUUGAAGCUCGAUUUGGCUGGCUUGUACGUCAAGGCGGGUCUCAAGAACAUCGGCAACGUGUUCCUGAUGACGGACGCCCAGGUCGCCGAGGAGCGGUUCUUGGUGCUGAUCAACGAUUUGUUGGCGUCUGGAGAGAUUCCCGAGUUGUUCGCCGAUGAUGAAACUGAGAAUCUCAUCAAUGGUGUCAGGGGAGAGACGAAAGCAUCGGGUGUACCAGAUACACGUGAAAAUUGUUGGAGAUUCUUCAUCAACCGAGUGCGAACCAUGCUAAAGGUGGUGCUGUGCUUCUCGCCCGUAGGCGCGACUCUCAGGGUGCGCGCGCGCAAGUUCCCCUCCAUCGUCAACUGCACCGCCAUCAACUGGUUCCACGAGUGGCCGCAGGAGGCGCUGCGCUCUGUCUCCAAGCGGUUCAUCGCUGAAGUCGAGGCUUUACCGGUUCAUUUGGUGGAUGCAGUAGCAAUGUUCAUGGCCCACGUCCACCAGAGCGUGAACCUAAUGUCAGCAGUUUACUUCCAAAACGAGCGUCGGUACAAUUACACGACGCCGAAGACUUUCUUGGAACAGAUCGCCCUCUAUUCCAAACUCAUCAGCGAGAAGACGACGAAUCUCAAAAUGAUGAUAGCGAGACUCGAAAACGGAUUGGAAAAACUGGCCUCAUGUGCUGCUGAUGUGGCUGUGUUAAAGGUGACUCUAGCAGAGCAAGAAAUCGAUUUGAAAAUUAAAAACAAAGCGGCCGAAGAACUCAUUGAAGUGGUGGGCGCUGAAAGUGAAAAAGUAUCCAAAGAAAAGGCGUUUGCUGCCGAGGAGGAGAAGAAGGUCAAAGUGAUUGAGGAAGACGUCACGAUUAAGGCCAAGAUUUGCGCUGAUGACUUGGCUAAAGCAGAGCCGGCUCUGCUCGCGGCGCAAGAGGCCUUGAACACCCUGAACAAGAACAACUUGACUGAGCUGAAGGCCUUCGGCUCGCCGCCCGAUGCGGUAGUCACCGUCACAGCUGCUGUACUCGUGCUGUUUUCCAAGAAGGGGAAGAUUCCAAAGGACAGGUCAUGGAAAGCUUGCAAGCUAAUGAUGGCAAAAGUCGAUCAAUUUUUAAACGACCUGGUUUACUACGACAAGGAAAAUAUCCAUCCCGAUGUCAUCAAGGCUGUGCAGCCUUACAUCAAGAAUCCAGACUUCAAUGCAGAAUUCAUUAUGUCCAAGUCCGCUGCGGCGGCUGGUCUUUGCGCGUGGGUGAUCAACAUCUACAAGUUCUAUGAUGUGUACGUGGUGGUCGAGCCCAAGCGGCGCGCUCUGAACGCAGCCAAUGCGGAGUUGCAAGCUGCCAGGGACAAGUUGGCUAUGCUUACAGACCAAAUUAAGGAACUCGAGGAAAAACUCGGGGUGUUGAUGAAAGCUUUCCAAGAAGCAGUUAACGAGAAAAUGAAGUGUCAGGCUGAAGCAGAUGCGACCAAUGCUACUAUUGACUUAGCGAACAGAUUGGUCAACGGACUGGCUUCAGAGAAAAUCAGAUGGACCGCAACUGUAGCAAACUUGAAAGAGUCUGGAGUCAUGUUGCCUGGUGACACAUUGCUUAUUACCGCGUUCAUAUCCUACGUUGGUUGCUUCAUGCGUCGGUACCGGCAGCAGCUUAUGAGUGAUGACUGGGUACCAAUGCUGUCAAAGACAAACCCCGUAAUCGAGACAACUGAAGGCUUGGAUCCACUGUCCAUGCUCACAGACGACGCUCAGGUGGCAGUCUGGAACAACGAGGGACUGCCCAAUGAUUCAAUGAGCACGGAAAAUGCCACUAUUCUUACAAACUCUGCCCGCUGGCCACUUAUGAUUGAUCCUCAACUACAAGGCAUAAAAUGGAUCAAGUCCAAGUACGGUGACGCGCUGGUAGUGAUCAGACUGACACAGCGCAAUUACCUGGACCGCAUCGAGCGGGCGGUCAGCAACGGCAACGUGGUGAUGUUAGAGAACAUCGGCGAGUCUGUUGACGCCGUGCUUGAGCCGCUGUUGGGAAGAGUGCUUAUCAGAAAGGGACGCGUGCUCAAGAUUGGAGACAGAGAAAUUGACUACAAUCCAAAUUUCCGCCUGAUUAUACAAACUAAAUUGGCAAAUCCCCAUUACCAGCCCGAGAUGCAGGCACAGUGUACCUUGAUAAACUUCACUGUCACCAGAGACGGUCUCGAAGAACAGCUGUUAGGUGAAGUCGUGAAGGCUGAAAGACCCGAUUUGGAGAGCUUGAGAGCAGGUCUAACGAAACAGCAAAAUGACUUCAAGAUCACGCUCAAAACGCUUGAAGACGAUCUACUGAAGAGAUUGUCUUCUGCCGGACCUGACAUCCUCAGUGAUUCGGCGCUGGUGAUCAACUUGGAAACCACCAAGAAGACGGCAGCAGACAUCGAAAUAAAGGUCGAAGAAGGCAAGGUUACGUCUGUGAAGAUUGACGAGGCCAGAGAGCGAUAUAGACGAGCAGCUACCCGUGCCUCCAUCCUGUAUUUCAUCCUAAACGAUUUGUACCGAAUCAACCCGAUGUACCAGUUCUCACUGAAGGCCUACAGCGUAGUGUUCAAAGACGCUUUGGCCCGCGCUGAUCCUGCCGAUGACCUUGAAGGCCGAGUGAGGAAUCUACUGGACAGCAUCACGUUUGCUGUCUUUGUGUACACUAGCAGAGGUCUCUUUGAGAGGGAUAAGCUGGUGUUCUUGUUCCUGAUUACAGUUCAGGUCUUGCAAGGGGAAGGAAAAGUAGACCCCCGUGAAUUGGACUUCCUUCUCAAGUACGCCGUGGCACCUGAAAAUUCGCCAUACUCCUGGCUAAACAACACCUCCUGGGGUGGUAUCAUAGCACUUGCCAAGAUGGACGCUUUUGAAAAUCUUGACAAGGACAUUGAAGGGGCCACAAAAAGAUGGCAAAAGUAUACAGAUGGCGAGGCACCAGAGAGAGACAAGUUGCCUGGCGAGUGGAAGAACAAGACUCCCUUACAACGCCUUUGUAUCAUGCGGGCGCUCCGCCCCGACCGCAUGUCAUAUGCCUCGAGUACGUUCUGCGAAGAGAAUCUUGGCACGAAGUACGUUGAAGCACGAACUCCUCCGCUUGAGAUAUCGUACAAGGAAAGCACCUCCACCACUCCGAUGUUCUUUAUCCUGUCUCCGGGAGUCGAUCCUCUAAAGGAUCUAGAGAAGUUGGGUCGCAAAUUAGGCUUUUCUACCGAUAAGAAGAAUUUCCACAUAGUGUCUCUGGGUCAAGGCCAAGAAGUAGUAGCCGAGGAGGCGAUGGGAGUAGCCUCCGUGAACGGACACUGGGUUAUCCUGCAGAAUAUCCAUUUAGUAGCCAAGUGGCUUGCUACGCUUGAGAAGAAAAUGGAGGAGACAUUUGAGAACCCGUUGCCCGAAUACAGGUUAUAUUUGAGCGCUGAGCCAGCGGCAUCAGCAGCAUAUCAUAUUAUCCCACAAGGUAUUCUAGAGUCUGCCAUCAAAAUCACCAACGAGCCGCCCAUUGGGAUGUGGGCUAAUUUGCACAAGUCUCUAGAUAACUUCAGUCAGGAAACCCUUGAGAUGUGCAGCAAGGAAGCAGAAUUUAAGUCAAUUCUCUUUGCACUUUGCUAUUUCCACGCUGUAGUGGCUGAAAGACGCAAAUUCGGCCCACAAGGCUGGAACAGAGUGUAUCCAUUCAACUUUGGUGACCUUACCAUCUGCGUGUACGUUCUGUACAAUUACCUAGAGGCAAACCCAAGAGUGCCAUGGGAGGAUUUGCGUUACCUUUUCGGAGAGAUCAUGUACGGUGGCCACAUCACCGACGACUGGGAUCGACGUCUGUGUCGCACCUUCUUAUUGGAGUACAUGCAGCCAGAGCUGGUUGACGGAGAAAAUCAACUAGCACCAGGUUUCAUCUCGCCUCCGAAUUCGGAUUACGUUGGCUACCACGCUUAUAUUGACGACUACCUACCUGAUGAGACGCCCUACUUGUAUGGGUUGCAUCCUAACGCUGAGAUUGGAUACUUGACCACCGUAUCUGAGCGACUAUUCAAGGUCGUAUUUGAAAUGCAACCACGUGAUGCCGGUGCUCAGGCUGGUGGUGGUGCUACAAAGGAAGAACUGGUGCGAUACAUUCUAGAUGAUAUCUUGGAUAGGGUGCCAGAACCUUUCAAUCUUCAAGAGCUGAUGGGCAAGGUGGAGGAAUUGACUCCAUACACCAUUGUGGCGCUGCAGGAAUGCGAGCGUAUGAACCGUCUCAUGGGCGAAAUACGCAGAUCGUUGAAGGAGUUGGAACUCGGACUCAAGGGUGAGCUGACGAUCAGCAGCGACAUGGAGAAGUUGAUGGAGUCUUUAUUCAUGGACAAUGUGCCGGAUUCAUGGACGAAGCUGGCUUACCCCAGUCUCUUGGGUCUGGCUGCUUGGUUCUCUGAUCUCUGUCUCCGGUUGACCGAGCUCGAGAACUGGUCUGGAGAUUUCAAUUUGCCGCCCGCGGUGUGGUUGGCAGGCUUCUUCAACCCGCAGUCGUUCCUCACGGCCAUCAUGCAGCAGACGGCGCGCAAGAACGAGUGGCCGCUCGACAAGAUGUGCCUCAACUGUGACGUCACCAAGAAGAGCCGCCAGGACUUCAAUGCACCACCGCGCGAGGGCGCCAACAUCCACGGCUUGUACAUGGAGGGCGCGCGCUGGGACACGACGGUGGGCGGCAUCGUGGAGUCGCACAUGAUGGAGCUGUUCCCCGUCGUGCCCGUCAUCUACAUCAAGGCCGUCACGCAGGACAAGCAGGACACGCGCAAUGUGUACGAGUGCCCCGUCUACAAGAUCCGCAUGCGUGGCCCAACCUUCGUCUGGACUUUCAAUUUGAAGACCAAAGACAAACCGACGCGCUGGACUCUGGCUGGCGUGGCCCUCCUGCUUGGCGUCUAAACCCGUGCUUAUAGUGCUACUUAUUUAUUAAUUUAUUUUUAUUCUAGUUUUAAUUUUGUUACGCUGUUUUAUUAGAUUAUUACAAACGA